AUGAGGCGCACGAUUAACCUUCUGAGUCUCUUAGCGGGGCUGAGUAAUGCCCGUCCCCAGGUGUCAGCUCCGGCUGGUAUAUUCCACGGCAAUUCGUCCAUUGCCCAUAUUGACCAAUUCUUGGGCAUCCCAUAUGCGAAACCUCCUGUUGGCGAUUUACGCUUCGCCAACCCUGAAGCACCUGUUACGAGCUCCAGCAAUGUCGUUAAAGCUACUGCAUAUGGCCCAGGAUGUUCUCAACUGGACAUCUAUGCCGAGUACAAUGGACUUAGCGAAGAUUGUCUGAGCCUGAACGUUAUCAGACCUACCAACAUUUCUGCCACUGCUUCACUUCCAGUACUCUUCUGGAUACACGGUGGCGGCAAUGUCAAUGGCCAGUCCAUAUUCUACAAUGGUACCGCAAUAGUUCAGCACUCCAUUACCAUCGACCAACCCGUCAUCUACGUGGGUAUCAACUAUCGACUCGGAGGUUUUGGUUUUCUGGGCGGACCAGCUGUCUUGUCUGCCGGUGUCUCCAACCUCGGCUUGAAAGAUCAAUAUCUCGCCUUGGAAUGGGCUCACACGAACAUCAAGAGUUUUGGCGGAGAUCCAACCAAGGUGACCAUCUUCGGCGAGUCCGCAGAAUCAGGAGCUCCGGGAGCACCUGGGUUUGAAAUCGCCCUCACAGCGGCGGCUGGUGCCUCACAGUAUGAUGACCUGCUCAACUCGACAAACUGCACAACCUUGAGCUGUCUAAUAACGGUUCCUUAUGACAUUAUCUCCCCGAUCCUGGUCACUUUCCCUGAGGGUGCCUACCUAAUCGAUAACGAUUGUUUGAACGACACUCUUACCAACUUGGUUGAAAAAAACUCGUUUUCUCAUAUUCCCAUCAUCCAUGGCACCAACUUGAACGAAGGCGCAGUAUUCAUGCCCGACCCUUUCAACUAUCCCAACCGUACUGCAUUGAUCGACACUGUUGCUGGUUAUCUGAACAACGAAACUUCCUUUGCCACACUCAUCGUCGAUGCCUAUAACGCAACGGACGACACGGAUCUGGGCAAAGGUUACGACGCUGACCCUACAGCUGAUCAUGGGUUUUUUGUAGCUUGUGGACUCUACACUGACAUGGACAUGGAUUUGGGGAAACUCACGCUGCUCAAGAUAGCAAGCGAGAACGCCAAUGUAUGGGGCUAUGACUUCCGACAGAGGCCUGCUCUCAGUGCCAUGAACCUCAGCUAUGAGUAUCCUGGCGUUAGUACAGCCUACACGGAGGGAGUCGGCGUCUUUCACGGGGCCGAGCUACCAUAUGUUUUCGGCGAAGCUACAAACCUGCCGGAUCGCAGUCCUGGAGACGACGAGGUGGCUAUCAAAGUGCUGAAUGCCUGGAUCUCAUUUGCAUACUAUCUGAACCCAAACAAUCCUGAGAAGAAGAAUACGGUGACCUGGCCCAAGUAUAACUCGACCUCUCCCUUUGGGGAAGUUAUCAUCUUCGAACAGCAAGGAAAUCUGUCCAUCAGAGCCGCGCCGAACACCUUCAGGGCGGUCCCGUGGGACAUUUGGGGCUUUGCAGAGAUGGAGAUUGGUCAACAUCCACCAUACUGA